AUGUCCGGGCAGGCACCUACGUAUACCCAGGGGUAUUAUCCACAGACCUCGAUUGCGGCGUCAUCUAAGCAUCCCAUGCCGUUGAACAUCCCAGUUGCAAACCAACGGCCACCGUGUGGCCAAACCAAAAAGGUCACCGACGUGCAAAAAGAAAACAAACAACGGAAUAGCCACACGAACUAUGAUGUUUCGAAAACAAUCGUGGACGGUUCAACUCCCAUGCGUUCCCAGCAGUCUUCGACUAUCGUUACCUCGCGAUCAUCUCAGUCACCCGGAUCCAAUAUAUUGCGUGGACCACCCAGAAAGCCUAAGCAGUCAAGUCAUGCUUUGUGGGUGGGUAAUCUACCGCCUGCAGCCAAUAUUAUUGAUUUAAAGGACCAUUUCUCGCAAGAAGCUACGAAGGAGCUAGUGAGCGUUUUUCUAAUCUCGAAAAGCAAUUGUGCCUUUAUCAACUAUAAGACGGCCGCCGCUUGCGCUGCCGCUUUGUCACGGUUUAAUGACUCUAGGUUCCAUGGCGCGCGUCUUGUUUGUCGACUACGACACGGGACCAUACCAGGCGGCUCAAGUCACGAAGCCAUAGGCUUCUUGGUGCCGCUGCCCACCCAAGCCUCCAGCGAGAGCUUGCCGCUGAUGAUUGACGAGGACAUGGAGUCGGUAGCAAGUCGGAGGAUCGGGGAGGCUAGACGACCAAGUGCGAGCAUGCCGAGCAGAUAUUUCGUUGUUAAGAGCUUGACCGUGGAGGAUUUGGAACACAGUCGACAAACCAGUAUUUGGGCUACACAGACUCACAAUGAGGACCAGCUCAACCGAGCUUAUCAGGAUGCAGAUGAUGUUUACUUAAUCUUCUCCGCCAACAAAUCCGGCGAAUACUAUGGAUACGCCCGUAUGAUGUCACCCAUACAGGAUGAUGAGAGCUUAAUAUCGGAGGCACCGCCGCGACCAGACAGCACGCCAGACAUAGAAGAACCAGACGUUACCCCCACUCCAGCGACAUUGACUGCUGCCAAAGGACGAGUAAUCAAUGACUCUAUACGGGGGACUAUUUUCUGGGAGGCAGAAUCGUCAGAUGAUGAGAGCAACACGAAAAUUGAUGGGGCGGGUACAAGGGCGGAGGAUACCAACGAAUUGAGCCCGCAGUUGAUCGGGAAACCGUUCAGAAUACGAUGGCUAUCAACCACCCGGGUUCCAUUCCACCGGACUAGAGGACUACGGAACCCUUGGAACGCGAAUAGAGAAGUCAAGAUCGCCCGUGAUGGAACCGAGAUCGAACCGGAGGUGGGUCGGAAACUCUUGCAGCUAUUUCACUCGAAUGCUCAAGAGUGA